AUGGCCCACCCCCAGUCAACCUUCGCCCAGACGGCCUUCCACGGGCCGUCGCUGCUGAGGGCGCGCCGCACCACCAUCAGCCGCACCACGGUCAAGGCGCAGCUCAAGCAGCUGCGCGACACGGGCCGGUACGACUGCUUCAAGCUGCAGUGGCACCCGGUGUACGACGACAAGUCGUCGUGGCCGGUGCCGCCGAGCCUGUUCUGGGACAGCGACGUGGCCAAGUGGAUCGAGGGCGCGUGCUACCUCCUCGCGGACGAGUACGACGAGGAGGUCGACCGGGCCGUGCGCGAGCUGGUCGACAUGAUCCGCGGCGCGCAGCAGCCGGACGGCUACCUGAACGUCUACUUCACCGUCGUCGAGCCGGACAAGCGCUGGUCUAACAUCCGGGACAUGCAUGAGCUAUACAACGCCGGCCACCUGAUCGAGGCGGCGCUCGCGCACAAGAACUACUACCACAACAACCUCCUGCUCGAGCCGAUCGAGAAGUACGUCUCGCUGAUCCACUCCGUCUUCGGGCCGGCCGAGCACCAGCUGCACGGGUACCCGGGGCACCCGGAGAUCGAGCUGGCGCUGCUGCGGCUGCACGCGGCGACGGGCAGCACCCAAGCGUACGAGCUGGCGCGCUACUUCGUCGAGGAGCGCGGCAACCCGCGCGGGCAGGACGGCAUGCACUUCUUCGACUGGGAGGCCCGCCGCCGCGGCGACUCGCCGUGGAAGCGGCCCGACCACUACCCGGUGUCGCGCACCAGCCACUGGUACAACCAGUCGCACGCGCCGGUCCUGCGGCAGACGUCGGUCGAGGGCCACGCGGUGCGCGCCAUGUACCUGCUCACGGCGGUGGCGGACCUGGCUUGCCUGGACGAGCUGGGCGUGCGCGCGUGGCCGGCGCGGGACGCGUACCUGGCGGCGGUGCGCGCGCUGUGGGACAACAUGGUCGACCGCAAGAUGUACGUGACGGGCGGCAUCGGCGCGGUCAAGCAGUGGGAGGGGUUCGGGAUCGACUACUUCCUGCCGCAGGGCACCGACGAGGGCGGGUGCUACGCCGAGACGUGCGCGGCCAUCGGCGUCAUGAUGCUGGCCGAGCGCCUGCUGCACGUCGACCUGGACGCCCGCUACGCCGACGUCAUGGAGCUGUGCCUGUACAACGCCGUCAUGACCGCCAUGAGCCUCGACGGCACCGCCUUCACGUACGUCAACCAGCUGGCCUCGUCCGACGCCGACCGCAGCGUGCGCCACACCUGGUUCGAGUGCUCGUGCUGCCCGCCCAACCUGAUGCGCCUGUUUGGCAACCUGGGCGGGUAUCUGUGGGAUUACGGGGCGGCAGCCGAGGACGGAGAGCCGCCGUUCGUGAACGUGCACCUGUACACCACAGCCAAGGUGACCUUCCAAGCCGGCGGGCAGGAGUACGUCUUUGAGCAGGUCUCCGACUGGCCGUGGGAGGGCCGCGUCUCCUUCAAGCUUCAAGCGCCGGCGGCGACCACCACCGGGCUUGCCGUGCGCCUCCGAAUCCCCGGUUGGUCGGCCGGGGGAUAUACGCUCACCCCUCCCUGCCCCACCGCAACCCUCUCCAAAGGCUACCUGUCCCUGCCGGCAUCCUACACAGCCGCCAACCCAACCUUCACGCUCUCCAUCCACGGCCUAUCGCCGCGCCUCAUCGCCCCGCACCCCUACACCAACCAGCACACGCUCACCCUCGCCCGCGGGCCCGUCAUCUACUGCGUCGAGGACGCCGACAACCCGUGGGAGGCGAACCACUUCAGGGACAUCACGCUGUCGGCUGACGCGCGCGUGACCGAAGAAGAAAGAACGCUGGCCGGGGAGCGGUACGUCGCGCUGCGCACCGUCUGCCGGCCGCGGGACCUGCGGGGCGCCGGGCCAGGAUCCGGGCGUGCCAGCGGCGGGCUGGGAGCCGAACGGGAGCUGGUCUUUGUCCCGUACUAUCUGCGGGCGAACAGGGGUGGGAAGGGACACAUGCGCGUUGGCCUGUUGAAUCAGUCUGUUGUGAUGUAG